UUUUCUAUGCAAAAAUACAAACUAUUGAUUAUAGUGAAAAUUUACAAGACCAAAUGCUUGGGACAGUCUAUUCUGAGACCGUCAACUUCCCGCGCAUUCACCACAGUAAGCUCCAGAGAUUACGCAGUGUGUUCCGAAGGCUAUGUCAACACCUCUCAGAUAUGGUUAAACCCAUCCCUCUUCUCUCAUUUUCUCCAAGAAUGCAUCCGAGUCCAGUCUCUACCCCUGGCCAAACAGCUCCACUCGUUGAUCCUGACAUCUGGGUGCUUCAGAGACCGGUUUGUAUCCAACCACCUCCUCAAUACGUACGCGAAAUUGGGUCGUUUAGAUGUUGCCCAUUUCUUGUUUGAUAGAAUUCCCAGGAGAAAUGUAAUGUCUUUUAACAUUUUGGUUGGCGGGUACAUUCAGAAUGGAGAUUUGGAUGUUGCCGCCAAGUUGUUUGAUCAAAUGGGCGAGAGAAAUUUGGCAACUUGGAAUGCAGUAAUCACUGGGUUUACCGAGUUCGAGUUCAAUGAUAAGGCGUGGGGCUUGUUUUCUGAAAUGCAUGUGCUUGGUUUCUCGCCUGAUGCGUUUACUCUUGGGAGUGUUCUGAGAGCCUGCGCUGGAUUAAGAGAUUUGGUUAGGGGCAAGCAAGUUCAUGGGUAUGCGGUGAGAUCAGGGUUGGAUGGCGAUUUGGUUGUUUCGAAUGCAUUGGCUCACAUGUACAUGAAGUCUGGUGUUCUGGAAGAAGGGGAGAGAGUGAUUAGGGAGAUGCCAUUUCAGAAUGUGGUUGCUUGCAAUACUCUCAUCUCAGGGAAGGCACAAAACCAGUGUUCUGAAGGUGCUCUGGAUCAGUAUAAUAUGAUGAAGAUAGCUGGGUUGAGACCUGAUAAGAUUACAUUUGUGAGCGUGAUCAGUUCAUGUUCUGAGCUGGGUAUUCUUGGACAGGGCCAGCAGAUUCACGCUGACGCGAUAAAAACCGGUGCCAUUUCUGUGGUUUCAGUUGUCAGUUCAUUGGUCAGUAUGUAUUCAAGAUGUGGAUGCUUGGAGGAUGCCAUUAAGGCCUUUGAAGAGAGGCAGGAAGCAGAUGCUGUUCUGUGGAGUGCCAUUAUUGCUGCUUACGGGUUUCACGGGAGGGGAGCCGAGGCUGUAGAAAUCUUUGAUAGGAUGGAGCUGAUAGGAUUGGAGGCAAAUGACAUCACAUUCUUGAGUCUGCUCUAUGCUUGUAGCCAUUGUGGAAUGAAAGAUAAAGGGCUUGAAAUUUUCGACUUGAUGGUGGAAAAGUACAAAUUGAAGCCUCGACUCGAACAUUACACCUGUGUGGUCGACCUUCUGGGAAGAUCAGGCCGUUUGGAGGAGGCUGAAGCCUUCAUAAGAUCUAUGCCUGUCGAGGCAGACGCUAUUAUAUGGAAAACUCUGCUAUCAGCCUGUAAAAUUCACAAAAAUGCAGAUAUGGCAAGAAGGAUGGCCGAAGAAGUUCUGCAGAUUGAUCCCCGAGAUUCAGCUUCUUAUGUGCUUCUUUCGCACACUCAAGCCUCUGUCCGAAGAUGGCAGCAGGUUUCCGAAGUGAGGAAAGCAAUGAAAGAGCGCGGCGUUAAGAAAGAGCCCGGAAUAAGCUGGGUGGAACUGAAGAACCAAGUUCAUGAAUUUAUUAUGGGGAGUAACUCUCAUCCCCAGUCUGAGGAGAUUGACAGGUAUCUAAAGGAAUUAACUGCAGAAUUAAGGCUAAGUGGCUAUGUGCCAGAUACAGGGUCAGUUUUGCAUGAUAUGGAUGUGGAGGAAAAAGAGUACAACUUGUUGCAUCACAGUGAGAAGUUGGCAAUUGCUUUUGCUCUUAUGAACACCCCAGAAGGUGCCCAGAUUAGGGUUAUGAAGAAUUUGAGAGUCUGCAAUGAUUGUCAUGUGGCUAUAAAGUAUAUAUCCAAGAUCAAAGGGCGCGAAAUUGUUGUUCGUGAUUCAAGUAGGUUUCAUCACUUCAAAAAUGGAAAUUGUUCUUGUGGGGAUUACUGGUGACUUGUGAGGAACAAUAUAACAGUGCCCCGGGGAUACACGUGAGCAGUUACCACUUGCCAGAUUUAUCAUCUGCCCGUAAGAUCAUUAAUAAAUAUUCAUUUUUAA